GUUUGCUUUCUGCUCUGCAUCAGUUCUCGAUCUCGUAGUAAUCAGUCGUCGUUGUUCACUUUCUAUAACUCAUAUUUCUUGAACUCUCUCGAGACUCGCAUUCCCAGCUGUGAUCAACUCCCCCCACCUCAACAUGCUCUUUACCCGCGUCGCGACCCUCCUCGCGGUCCUCGGCGUUGCAGCCGCAGCUCCCCCCACAGGCAACCCCACGAAGCCAUACCGCCUAAAGACCACCGUCGUCAGCGGCGAUGCCACCAAGAACAACCUCUACGUGCAAUCAUACCACACCGGCGCAGGCCUGAACGACGUAGCCCUCGUCUCCGAGGGUGGCUCGGCCGCCUUCCUCAACGGAACGUACCAACAGUUCGACCUCUCCGGCUCCACAUUCCCUAGCGGCCUCAAGCUUGCCUACAACCAAUACUACACCCGGUGGUUGGAUACGCAAAUCAACGCCGGCUACGGCGAUGAGGGGUUCUCGUUCAAUGGUAGCGGUUUGAUCUCUAGUAACCCGCAGUUUCAGGGGUGGUUGGUGUGCGACUGGUAUCACGGUGUUCCGCAGCUGUUCUGGCAGUACUACUACGCCGAUAUCGAGCUCCCAAGCAGUUGUGCUAAGGUGGAGCUUCACCGUGCUAAUCUUGCUUAGUUGUGGGCAGUAGUGAGAUGAGGGUUGAGGGCAUCGUAGUAAUGAGCAUCUAGCAUAGCAUAAUGUCGAGCC